AUGUCUGAGGAUGUGACCCCGGCGGCAUUUGAGCGGCAGCGCUCUGCCCUCCUCUCCCUGCUAAAAGACGUCUCCAUCGCCGAGAGCAACUGUCCAACUGGCGCCCACGUGGCCGUGGUGGGAUACAGCAGCCACACCAAGUACCUGAUCCGUUUCCAGGACUACCGCCGCAAGGCACAGCUGAUCGAGUCUGUGAGGAACAUCGCCCUGGAGAAGUCAUCCAACCACAGCCAGCUAGGUGCUGCCAUGCGCUUUGUGGGUCAGCAUGUCUUUAAGCGAAUCAGAGCAGGGGUGAUGACGAAGAGGGUGGCCGUCUUUUUCUCCAAUGGGCAGUCACAAAAUGUGACAGAGAUCGUGACCGCCAUAAUGGAGUACCGCGGUAUGGACAUCUUCCCCGCCGUCAUCGCUCUGAAGAACGCUCCGACUGUCGCUCAAGCGAUGGAGGUGAGGAGGAAAAAAAACCUGAUAGGUCUUUAGAGUGGUUCUGAGGAACAAGCGCAGACUUGGUCCUACGCUGACAGUGGAGACUGAAAACUGCUGCUUCUUCUUAGGUUGACGACACGAGAAAGGUCAUCCUCUCUGUCCUGAGGAGGGACAUGACCACGGACCUCAGAACAGUCAAGAACUGUGCGAUCUGUUACGGUAAGCACAUCCACAUAGACACUUAGUACCUUCACACCCGGUCCACCAACACUGACCUAGAAUCCAUUUACUAACCCUGUAAUAGAAGAAGAACUUUAUUGAUCACAAGAUCCAAUAAGGAUCCAGGUCCAAUAACGAAUAACGGAACCGCCAUGUCCUCCAUUAGAUCCCCAUAUGAAUACAGACUGAGGCGUCUAUCCGUAUUCUCCUAAAGCCUGGAGAUCCAGACUAAUCAUCGCAGUACCACUGAAAACUGAGGGACUGUUAGACCAAGUAAAACACGAGACAGGAGGUCCCAUCAUGAGAAAAACCUCCUCCAUGGUCUCCACGUUUGUUGUUGUUCUCAAACUCUCCUCCUGUUCGAGGGAACUUUGGUGUCCGAUAGUGUUGUGUCGUUCAUGAACAUUUCGUUCAAAAGAAGUGAACUUCUGAGUGAACGAUGUGAAUGAAAUCACUCUGAGACCUGAUUAGUUCCUUUCUCAGUUCAGUUGAGCUCAGCCGCGAGCCUGGCGUGCUGGUCGGGAGUGGAACUGCCGCCUUUGACUCUUUGGUGAACGACUUACAGCCACAGCCAGCGGCAAAUGAACGACAUGUAUCAGUCAGACUGUGAAUGAAAUGAACGACUUCCAAAUGACUUGAGGCAGGCAGAGGAGGCAUGGGUGUAGCGUUGUUCCUGAACUGCUGAGCAGCGGUUCAUUGACUGAGGCUAAGAUAAAACAGGUCAUUACAGUGCCUUUACAUUAAUACACGUCUAUAAACUUUCCUGUAAGAAGGAUUUACUGUGUUGUUUCCGCUGACAGCGACACACAGAGAGGUGAGUUUUUCAGGGCAGGGGAGAGAUUCUUCCAUCAGGACUUGGCGAAUGAACGACAUGUGUCACCCGGUGAACGACGCUGUGACUUCAGCAGUGAGGAGGGGAGGGGCUCGUUCAAUGAACGAACUCGCCGCUGUCACUCACUGGUGUACUGCACCAGCAGGACGGGGCUCCGAAACACUGACUGAUUCAGUGAACGAAUCUUUUGAACAAAUCAUUUUAAUGAACAGAUCCUAAAGAUUCAGUAAGGUCAAAAGAACUGAUCUUCCCAUCACUAGAGUCUGAGCAGCACUGUUUUAAAACCUUUCAACACAAAGGCGGUCCAAAAGUAGGAGACAGUUUGUAUGGGAGCGGACACGGAUGAGGGAUUUCUGGGAGAGGAUCGUUAAUGAGGAAUUCACAGACGAAUUGUGGAUUCAAAACUUCAGAAAAAUACAAAUACAAUUCAAAACCUCAGAAAUAACUCCGUCUCCUCCCCCGUCCACAAAUACCGCGCCAUCUUCGCUUGAAAUGAACAGGGGCCUCAUGUAUCAACACUUGCGUGGGACUCAUACCAGAAAGGAGCGCACGCAAGGUCCAUCACGCUGAAAAAAAUCCAUAUGUAUCAAGGUGUGCGGGCGCCGAAAGCCACGUGUGUUUCCUUGAUAAAUCCCAAUCAGCUUGGAAUUGAGCGCAGAUGUCGGAGUGAUUUAUUUAAAUAGGGUCUCCCUGUCCUCGCACGCAGACAAAAUGACAAGGAAAACUAAAUGUAUGGCAUGCGAGGUGGAGGUGUUGGUGGCGGAGGUGGAGGAGCGACAGCGUGUUUUGUUUGGCAGCCUGUCCAGUGGCGUCAGUGCAAAACAAAAACGCUUGGAGUGGGAGAAAGUUUGCGAGAACGCGGUGGGUUCCGAGACACGCACCCCCGCGGAGAUUAAAAAAAAGUGGUCGGACCUCAAGGUGGAGGUCAAGCGGCGUACAGCUGCCCUCCAGAGGAGUACCGGCCAGACAGGUGGGGUUCCGGGGGAGGAGACCCUCACACAAAUGUCCACAUGCUUUGCCAUCCCACUGAGCAAAAGACGUAUAUUAGACGUCUAGUCUAAGUUUAUACUUCAUUUCAACGUCGGGAUUCAGUCUAUUUUUAGACGUGAUUUAUACUUCGCCCUUAACUUCAUUUUUCAAUAACUUUUUAUGCAAUAAACAACUGUAAUGUGCAUAACUGACCUCGAAAUACUGGAUUACAUUACCUAUGAUACCGUGGAGAGAGAUGUAAACGCUACAGAUACACAGAAGCAGGAAUUGAAAUGAACCAAUAUUUUUAUUGUGUCACAGAAAUCAAUGUGUCAGCUGUGUCGCCGGCUUGCGCAACCCCGGCCCGCGGCAGCCCGUCCGCCGGCUCGGAGUCGUCAGCCAGGACCAGCGGCAUUCGGGCCACCCCGACCCCCAGCCCCAGCACCAGCACGAGCACGCCGACAAGCGGUGGAGCGUCCACCAGCCGCGGCACUUCCGCUGGACCACCCGGACGCAGUGGAAGGGUCCUCACGGAGGCGGUCCUGCAAUUGCAGGAAGAAAUCAUCAGGGGGAUCGCGGGGAUCAACGAGCGGCUGGACCGGCUCGUAAAUGUCCUCGAGCGUCUGGUGGAGAAAAUAAAUUAAUUUGGCUCAUUGAACUGUGUAUUCACUUCUUACCCAUUCACACUGUGGCGAUGAGAUUCUCCCGCGCGAGGACGGCGGCCCGGCAGGGAUCAGCUCGCAUCCCUCCGUCUGCUGCUGGUUCGUCAUGUGGGGCGACGUGCUGCUCGGCCACGGGGAUGUGGUGCACGCUUGUCACAUAGUGAGUCACCAAACACCGCCACACGGCGUCGCCAAAGUGCCGUCAACGCAAGCUCAAUGCCAACUUCUACACCACCUCCUCACUUUGCGUGGAUUUGCGCUGGAACCGACGCUCGUGUCGCGAAGAUAAAUCUGGACGUGUGCGCCGAUCUUGGUGAACGCAAGGUUUUCUGGCGCCGCCAGCGUUGAUACAUGAGGCCCCUGGUCACUUGACCCGCUACGUCACGUCCGGUGACAGAGAAUUGCAAGAAAAAUGUUUCCAUUACACUUUUGCAAUAUACUUCUAUAUCAACACGUCUGAAAAACCACCUCAUGAGAGCGUAAAAACUUCUUAGCGAUAUUUGAGAGGUUUUUUAAAAUUUAGGUGUUUCCAUUACCAGUUUUCCAUUGCGAUAUUUAGGUUUUGCGCAAAUCUAUGGGUAAUGGAAACGCAGCUAAUGCCACACGAUGGCGACAGAAGGCAGCCCCUCAACAAGUGGUGCUGUAAGCGCUGCAGAGGGCAUCCUCCACACUGUCUCAUAUAAGGAUCAUUCCAUGUCAAUUCAACCAAGAAUCUCCACUCACGUCACAGAUUUUGAUGAAAUUUGGUGGACGGAUUGGCCUUCAGGAGAAACUGUCAGAGCUCAAAUAUUUUUGUUCAAAGCCAUCUAAUCAGUGAGAUAGGGGCUAAUAAAUUUUUGGCUAACUAGCAUGACACGCGAUACAAAAGUGUUCAUAUCUCUGGAAGUAUGCCACCUAGAGAGCUGAUUCUUCAGCUGAGUCAUUUUAAAGCUCUCUUCAAGUUAUAUCUUUUUGUUCAUCACAUUUUUUCCCAAAUUGGACCAGAAAAAAAUUAUAAAAGACCAAAAACUUAAAUUGGAAAUAGCAAAAAAUGAGCGUCCUUCAGUUUUCUUCAUAUUCACACUUAAGAAAGACUAUCAUGUCCACUAGCAUCCCUGCAAGUUUCAGGAUGGGCAUUUCAUAACUUUUUGAGUAAUCAGUCAAAAUGUGUGGUACGUUAGGUCGAAAAAUCGCCAUAUUGGGCACGUUAUACAGUCCUGACCUCAUCUGGAGUCAGCCCCACUUGCCUGCUUGUGUAAAAUAUUACUUCCUCAUAUUGCAAAGUGCUUUUUUUGAGUGUUUUCAUUUUUGUAUGUUAUCCCAUAUUUAUAUGAAAAAUUGCUAAAAUAGCUUAUUUUUGCUCAGUUUUCCAUUGCAUUUCAUUUCUAUUUGCACCUAUAUCCAGAAUAUGAAUGAUCUUAGCUUCAUGGGAGAAUCAUUUGGACAUACCUGCAUGUCCUGGAUCCUAGGGUUGACAAAUAACUUCGACCUAUGUACCCUGAAAUUUUGUUGCUGGUUUCCCUGUGAAGUAUUCCAGGCUAUUUAUCCUGAGCCCUUUCAACGUUUCCUUACAACCUCCAAAGGAAGCUGAAGAGAGCCCAAAGUCCUCGUCUUUCCAUUCGUAGGAUUUAUUCCCAUUCCCUGUUUCCUCCUUAGACCUUCAGUUGCAGUUUUGGUUCCUCCACAAUGACCUUCUCUGUUUCCUCUUCAGACCCCUGUCGGCCCUCAGCACAGUGCUCCUUCAUCCAGGAACAGGUGCAGCCUCAGCAGGCCGACGUGGACCUGGUCCUGGUGCUGGACGGCUCCAGGGAGGUAAGGGCUGACGAGUACGCCGGCGCCCAGCAGCUUCUGGGUUCUGUGGUGGAGCAGCUGGCUGUGAGCCCCGAGCCCAGCAGGGCUGGAAACCAGGCACGGGUGGCUUUAGUCCAGAUGGGCAGCACACAGGUUCUAAAGAAGGAGUUUGGCCUGCAGAGCUACCAGAACCAGGACCAGAUGAAGAGGCACCUGAUCCAGAACAUGAGGCAGCAGGGCGGCUCCGCCUCCAUCGGACUGACACUGGAGUUCACCUUGAAGAAGGUCCUCCUAAACGCCAAGCAGGCCCGGAAGAGGAGGGUGCUGCUGACCGUGGUGGGCACCCAGACCGCCUAUGAGGACCAGGCCAAGCUGCGCUACAUCUCCCAGAAGGCCAAGUGUGAGGGGGUGGCGCUGUUCGUGGUGACGGUGGGCGAGCGCUACAGCCGGACGCAGGUGGAGGAGCUGGCCGGUCUGCCCACAAAUCAGCACCUGGUCCACGUCAGCAGACUGGAUGCUGAGGAGCAGGGCUACUGCCGACACUUCUUCAGGGUCUUCCUGUCCGCCCUGAACAGUAAGAACGCCACCAGACUGAAACACACUGACCCUUCCAUUUGUCUGUUGGUCUCAGAGCGAGUCUGAAGGUUGGUGCAUUUUUGUUUCAGAGGGAGUCAUCACGUAUCCUCCUCCGUCACUGACUCAGACCUGUGAGCAGCUGGAAGAAAAUUUCAGGUCUGAAACUCUCUACACGGAAAACAGCUGCUUAGUCCGCCACAUCCUGGUCCCAAUGACCCCUCCCCCCAGAUUUUACUGAUGAUGUGUUCUCAGAAAACUGAAGUUUGUUUGUUUCAUCACACAGUGGAGCGCAUGAAGACCAGUUUUUUGAGGGUGGAUUUCUGGCACAGGUGAGAGGAGAGACAGAAACCAGACACAUGAACAUCUCUGACGGCCAGAUCCAGCAGGACAGUCUGAGCUCAGACUCCAGAUCUGAAGACAAAGGUAACACACACACACACACACACACACACACACACACACACACACACACACACACACACACACAGUCAAGUCUGUGCCAUUUAGGGUGCUGUUGAGUCCAGUUCAGAUCCACAUGCUAAUAAGGAACACCUACAGCAGCGAGAGUACGACCCCUCUUACCCCCAAUUUCAUCCGCAUCCUGAAUGGCUCCGAUCUGGUUUCCACGAUUCUCGCCGUCCGCCAAUUCCUACCGGAUCCGUUUGUCAAGCGAAUUUCAUGGCAGGUUACGGACAGCAGGAAUCACAAGAACUCACAAGAAUCCACAGAUUCAAGUUCACAUGUAAACAGUAGAUUGUGUCCUUCCAGAGGAGGAAAUCUACUUCUAGACUCGAAUCAGCAUCUCCUCAUCCAUGGUGUCAUCGGGGUGAAAUGACGUCUAUAAACCUUUCACUUGUUCAUCUCCGCCCAUUUGCAUGGUGUGAAAUACGAUCCUCCUGAAACACGGAGUGUUUUAUUUUGAAAAGAAGCCGGAUGUUUUAUUUUGUGUCUGUACCCGACUUCCUUUCCAGCACAGGUUAAUCUGUGCUGAGUUUAUCUGGCAUGCUACAGCGUCCAGAAAAAUAGAACUCUUGCUUGCGAUCAGCUGAGGAGUCCGUCAAUCCGCAGAGGAACGGAAAGAUGCGGGUAGAAAUUGACACAUUAACUUGAAGGGUUACGAUCAGCUAUGAUCGGUGGAUAUGACCUUUUAGUAGCCGUUCAGGAUGCGGUGGAAAUUGGAGGUUACGUACCCUCUUAGAAUCCACCACCUGCUGUGUAAACUUGCUAGCGCCCCCUGGAUGAUUUCACAGAUUUAACGUUUUUACGCUUAUUCACCAAAGUUAAUUUUUGUGGCAGCACCAGGCUGACAACCAAUCAGAAUCAGCCGAUAGACAAACCUGAAUAAAAGUUCAACGUGAUGUUAACUAACUGAGAUAAAGUCCACCAAUCAGAACAAAAUGUACAGCUUUUGUUGUUAUUAAUGGAAACCACGAAAGACUAAAGCGGGGCAAGGACUAACCUCCAAUUUCCACCGCAUGCUGAACGUCUUCAAAAAGGUCGUAUCCACCAAUCGUAGCUGAUCGUAACCAUUCAAGUUAACGUGUCAAUUUCCACCGGCUUCUUUCCGUUCCUCUGUGGAUUGCUGGACUCCUCAGCUGAUUGCAAGAGUUCUAUUUUUUCCGGACGCCAGAGCAUGCCGGAUAAAUUCAGCACAGAUCAACCCGUGCUGGAAAGGAAGUCGGCACAGAUACAAAAUAAAACAUCCGGCUGUCCGUAAUCAGCCAUGAAAUACGCCUCACCAACGGAUCCAGUAGAAAUUGGUGGACGUCGAAAAUUGCAGCUGUUCCAGAUCAGAGCCGUUCCGGGUACGGUGAAAAUUGGGGGUUAGACUGAAUCCUAAACCUGGACUCAUGUCCAAAGACUUAAAACUGACUUGGACUUGUCCUUCAGGGACUUGAGACUUGGUGUGGGUUAAUGUCCCCCUCUCUCUUCACCCAGACAUCUGUCUCCUCAGCAUGGACAGCGGCGACUGUCGGAACUACACCCUGAAGUGGUACUUUGUCAGCAAACGGGGUCAGUGUGCCCCCUUCUGGUACGGAGGCUGCGGUGGCAAUGAGAACCGCUUUGACAGGCAGGAGGAGUGUGAGUCUUUCUGUAAGACUUGA